AUGAAGUAUACUCUCCUUGCCGGCCUCGCCUUGGCCGGAACCGCCUUGGCCGACGUGCCCGAGAUUGAGAUCAAGGGCAAGAAAUUCUUCUAUUCCAACAACGGCACCGAGUUCUACAUCCGUGGUGUUGCCUACCAGCCCGACUACAGCGCCCGCAAUGGUGCAACUUCUAGCUCCACCGACUAUACCGAUCCCCUGGCCGAUGUGACGAGCUGCAAGCGUGACAUCCCUUACCUGACCGCGCUACGCACCAACGUCGUCCGUACCUACGCCGUCAACCCCGACGAGAACCACGAUGAAUGUAUGUCGGCUCUAGCAGACGCCGGCAUCUAUGUCAUCACCGAUCUUGCGUCGCCCUCGCAGUCGAUCGACCAGAGCAGCCCCGAGUGGACGACCGACCUCUUCACCCGUUACUCCCAGGUCGUCGAUGCAUUCGCCAACUACACCAACGUCAUUGGUUUCUUCGCCGGAAACGAGGUGGCUAACAAUGUCGGUAACACGGACGCCAUGCCGUUCGUCAAGGCUGCUGUUCGUGAUAUGAAGGCCUAUAUCAAGGAGCAGGGCUAUCGAUCCUCCUUGGCGGUCGGUUACGCCACUGAUGACAAUUCGGCAAUUCGCGACAAUGUUGCCAAGUACCUCGUCUGCGAUGACCCGUCUGACUCUAUUGACAUGUUCGGAUACAACAUCUACGAGUGGUGCGGACAAUCGUCCUACCAACAGUCUGGCUACCAGGCACGUACCGAGGAGUUCAAGGACUAUCCCGUCCCUGCCUUCUUCUCGGAAUACGGCUGCAACUCUGACCCUCCCCGUCACUUCUACGACAUCCCGACUCUGUACGGUCCUCAGAUGGAGAACGUAUGGAGUGGUGGUAUCGUGUACAUGUACUACCAGACCGACAACAACUACGGUCUCGUGCAAGUGGAGGACGGUAAGAUCAGCGAGCUGCCAGACUACACAUUCCUGUCGCAAGAGAUCAAGUCGGCCACCCCGACUGGCAUAAACAGCGCUGACUACACCCCCACGACCGCCGCCGGCGCCAGCUGCCCCGCCACCACAUCCAACUGGCUCGCUAACCCCACCGGCCUUCCGCCGAUGCCUGACGCGAACCUGUGCUCGUGCAUGUACGACAGCCUCAAAUGUGUGCCCAAGUCGGGUACCUCGCAAAAGACGAUGAUCAAUACCAUCAGCUACCUCUAUGGCCUUGACGGUUCGAAAUACAUGUCCGGUGUCGCGCACAACGGAACUCUGAGUAACUACGGCGCCUACAGCAUGUGCUCUCUGGAGCAGCAGCUGGCUUGGGCCAUGAACAACUACUACGAGCAGCACAACGAGCACGCCAAUGCUUGUGGCUUCAGCGGCGUUGGCAGCACCAAGGCCGCUACUACCGCUUCCGGCACUUGCGCUACGCAAAUGAGCAAGAUUGGCCCCAAAGGCACGAACAGCAUCGCUGGCACCCUGAACCCCAGCUCCGGUGGUGGCAGCGGCCCUGCUUCCACCACCACCUCGGGUGUUGGUAUCCCCGGCGCUACCCCCCAGGCCGUCCACGUCGGCAACUGGCAGCUCGGUGCCUACAUUGUCACCGCUCUCUUUGCUGGUCUCGGUAUGAUCGUUCUGUAA